UGAGCAGUUGGCACCUUGCAUGGCAGCCUCUGCCAUCAGUGUGUGAAUGUGACGUGUAGUGUGAAGGCUUUGAGUGGUCAGAAGACUAGAAAGGCGCUAUACAAGCACAGUCCAUUUACCGUUUACCAUCUGCGUGAGCAAUGAUGCCAACGGUCAUUUGGUCCGUUGUUAAUGUCAAAACACUGAUUAUUGGAGCUUUAGGUUCAGGAAAAGUGGACAUUUAGAUCCGAUGGUGACAGUGAAGGAGAAGCCUGAAUCCCGACAAAAGUAGGGUUCAUCCUGUGGAAACUGAGCUAUGCAUUCAUUAACUCUUUCAGUCCCAGGCCAAAACGCCUGACUGAAGAGUGUCAUUAGAUGAAAGGUCAGGAAGUCUAUUCAAUCUGUUCAGUCGUGUUUUGGAUUAAAGUGUUGGACAAACAUAUGAGCCCAUGCCCUGCUGACAGUCACACAAAGGUUUUUUAUCAAGGUGGCCGUCAUAUUUUCUAUGUGUAAAGUCUGGCAAACUUGAGUUUAUUAUACAAUAAAACCUAAAGUGGAUGUAAGAGUCCAGUAUCUGUCACACAGUAAUCAAUAAUCCAGCCACCAUGUUCCUAACAGGAUCACACUAAGCAGCUGUCUCCAGGUCAGGCUGUUACCAGCAGAUCAGCUGAUGGGGUUACUGUGAGUCGGUAGAUUAGUGUUCCAGGUGGCUCUCCUCUAAUUGAACCUGCAGUCAGUCACAGCUUCACACACACCGGAGAGUGACGGCAGCACCAGCACAGCGCAGGUAGGCUGACGUUUGUUUUAUUAGAACACUUGAAAUACUGUAACACAAAGCUUAUUGAAAGAUAAGCUAUGCUCGAUACAUUUUGUUUUAUUUGAAAGGGCACACAUGCGUGAAGUAUACAUGACAAAACACAAACUGCCACCCAUUACUCCAAACCUUUACAAGUAAUACUAGUAAAAUACUCUUUAUUGAUUAAGGCUGGACACUCUCUUGGUAAAGUGGCAGACAGUUACACUGUCAAAUGUUAGUAGCCUGAUAGCAGUUGAUGAGGCAUCUGAAUGUGGUCCAACUGUUGGUUCACAUCUUAUCACUCUUACAGCGUCUAUUGGAACAUUUAAUAAUAAGAGGAAAAUAUAUUCGACUCAAGCCAACGCAGGCCGUUAGAAGUUUAAAGCUUUUGAUCUGGACCUGGUCCAAUGUGGCCCAGACGUGACAGAGGCAGUGAAAUCUCCCUUUUUUGCAUUUUCACAAAUAGAAUGAAGAAAACAAACCUUUUUUAUUCAUAGUCUGAUUCGUGUUCUGCCACGCACAUUUUUUGCCCUUGUAGCGCCCCCUAGCGGUCGAUUUGAAGGAAACUUUCAGAGCAGGUUUCAGGUUCUUAUGUGGACUUUUCCUGGAAGGUUUGUGAUGACAGACCAAAGUCAGCAACAGUUGGGCCAAUUUAUGUGCUGAACCACGCCCCUUUGGAAGUUCAUUGGUCAAUAUCUUGAAAACUAAAUAAGAUAUCAACAAGAUUUAUACAACGUUUGAUAGGCUUCGUGCAGUGAUGAUCCACUGAAAAUUUGUGUUUUUCAAAAAAAAUUCAAAAUGGGGGAAAAUCUAGCUAAGCGGACUUUAGUGGUCCAAGAAGCCUUUUUGUAGAGCACGUUGAGCUGGACUUGUGAGAAAUUUCAAGUCAUUCGGACUUACAGUGUGAUGGGCGUGGCCUGUUCAAAAUAGCAUUUUUGGGCCUUCAUUACAGCGCCACCAUGUGGCCAAUUGGGCUCAUAUUUCGGUGGGAGCACAUUUCCAGUUACUGGGCCAAGUUUCGUGUUUCUGGCUCAUUUCAGCUCACGGCAAUUUGAGACAAAGCGGCAGACAACAACAAAAAAAAAAUAAUAAUAAUAAACCGGCACAAACAUAAAAGACGUUGCGAAUGGCUUUACAAAGGAAAAACAAAAUUAAAACAAGUCAGCACCACAAUUCAAUAAAAUCCAGAAAGUAAAAGUACAGCGAAUGAUAUACAAUACAAUAAAGAUGAAAACAGUAAAAUAAACACAGUGAAAUAUUAAUAAAGGCUUUUUUUAAGAUUUAAGAAGUGAUAUUCACUAUUAAAGUUCACAACAUAAAGCUACAAGUUUUCUUUUUUGUCCUUCAGGAAACCCUAAAAUAUUUCUUAGUUUUGUUGUGUAUUUGUUGUGUAUUUCUUUUGUGUUUAUUGUAGUUCUUACAGUAUAGAAAUGGGGACAGAAGAGCAUUAGUUUGUGUUUUGCACGUCAGAGACGACACAAUGAGCUUACGGAGCGUGUGAGGGAGUCCCGGACCAUCUGGCUCGUUGGUGUUUUGGUUUUACUGCAGCACAGUCUGCAUCUGCCUUAAGGUUUAUUCACAGUCAUACACAGUCAUAAUUUAUGUGUGUGUGUGUGAGUUGGACGGCUUGACAGAAGUCUUUUGUUCACUCACGUGAACUUGAGGAAAUUAAAACCGAAUGUCAUGUCCGUAUAAUAUGCAGAGUACGCCUGAGACCCGUGUGCUUGGUACAUGAAAUGAGCAUCGUGCUGCCUUGUUGUUUAGCAAACACAGUUGUGAUCCCUGAUCCUUUUCGCUGGACCGUGUGACGAAGGUCCUCCAUAGCUUCACUGUAGCUGCAGAUGACAUUAGAGUGUCGAGGAUGUGAUGGAGAGGAAGCAUGCUGAUUGGUGGUUUCGGUGGCUUUAGCUGUGGAAACAUUCCCCUGACAGAGUCAGAGUUGACUGAGGAAGUUGUGGACCCAGUUGUGGACCCAGUUGUGGACCCAGUGGAUGAGGAGUGGAGGGAUGUGAGCUGAAGCCAACAAAGAGGAAGCUGCCAGCAGUCAGAAAGCAUGACAACAAUCUUCUCCGCAUGUUUGUCUGCAUGUAGUGAUGAGGCCGCAGCAGCUCGAUGACGCUCACACUACAACCAGAUCCAAUCAGCUGGGCUCCCAUGUUAAAUCUGAAUCCAUGGCAAAUGAAGUCCUCGGCUACAUGUCCAGACCUUUAGAGUCCAGACCACAGUCAUUCAAUGCAGACUCGUGCCACUGGAUGUGUAAAGUUGCUUAGUUGCUGGUCUUUCAUCAGUGGAAGAGCAGCAGAAAUGCUUCUGGGUAAACGAGUUGAUGACCUCAGCUCUGACCUCUUAGCGUUACUAAAUUUAGCAUACAGUCUGAGAGAUUUACAGGACGGCAGAAUUAGAAACAGUGGAAAUAUACCAUCUGUUUUGGUUCGCCUGCAUGGGAAUCUGUUCAGUCUUCCGGUGGAGGGAUUGUCUGUGUAAAUGCACUCGGCUGCACGGGAAACCAGAAUUAUAAAGCAUUAGCUUCAGUCUGCUGCAGCUUCCUCACCGGCCUCAAACACAGAUCAGUGUGGCAUGAAUGAAGAAGAUCACAAUAUAGUUCCUCAUCUAAAUGGUGUAAGUGAGUGUUUGAGUGGUUUCCCAGAUAACAAAAUAUGAUUGAAUCAGCAGCGAAGUAUCGGUCUAGACCUGCUCUAUAGGAAAAGUGCAAUGAGAGAAUUUCUGUUAUGAAUUGGCGCUGUAUAAAUAAAAUUGAAUUGAAUUGAUUUUUAAAAUAAAAUGCAUUGUAAGCAAACAAGGACGUUUUAUCCACAAUACAAUAUUUACAUGUAUACGUUUAUUUUCACUUAAAAUUCAUUUCACUUACCAUUAUUAAGUAUGUCAGGUGCGAGUUCUGUAUGAAGCUCCCAGCAGUCUGACAGAAGGCGUCAUCAUAUCGCUUGAACUGUAGAUACUGUUAAGAUGAAUCCUGAAACUGAACCCACAGAAAGUUUCCCUUUAACUGAAAGAAUGACUUUAAAAUGUUUUUGAAGAAUUCUGUUUCGCUCAAGGAGCUGAAGUCAAACUACCCUGAUAAAUCUUUUAUGUUCUUUUGACAGAUCUCUCUGUGUGCGUGUUUUUGUCUCCCAGCGAACUGAGCAUUAUGGACGAGGUUCCCCUGAAGAUGCCACUGCGUGCCUCACAGGAAGUCAAAGAAGACGUCAAAGUUAUUGUCCCUGACUAUCUCACCAUACUGCAGGAGACAGAGUAUGAGUUCAGUCUGGAGAACUGGGUGCUAACUGGGCUGCAAAGUGGCUUCACCGGCCAGCAUCGGCCUCAACUCUCCUCCUCGUCAUCAGGACUGCUGCCAUCUUGUCCGCCAUACUGGAUGAUGUUCAGCAGCCCGCAGCAGAGCCGCCUGGCCAGCCGCCACUGCUCUGACUUCUGGGAGCCUAAUCCUCGACAGCGCUCCCACAGCCUCAACCCUGCCGUCCUGCGCACCAAGUUUGCCAUCUCAGACUCUGAGGAUGAAGGAGAGAGUGCUGCAGAGAAAGCCAAGACAUGUUUGUCAGUGAAAGCCUGCUCGAGUGGAGAGCGUCCUGCUGCUUCAUGUCAGCGUGGUCAGAGGAAAGCGCAGAGAGCCUUCGUCCCAGACCUCCUGAACCCUCCGGCCUGCCUCAGCAGCCUGCCACACCAGCGUAGGAAGAACCUACGACAGUGCUCCCUCUCAGUGCUGGAGACAUCCAAACAACAUGACCCCAAUGCAGACAGCCAAUCCGAGAGACCUGCCUCACACAGGACCCCCGACACCAGAGCCAAUACAGUCGACAGGCUCCCCUGCAUAAACAACCACAACACAACGCAUACGACGUUUCUCAGCCCAGACUCCAGUAGAAACCCCCCUGCGACCUCACCCCGCCUGGGUCUCCUGUCUUCUGGUUUGGACUCGUCAGCAGAGCUCCUGUCAGCUCUGAGCCCAGAGGAGAGAGACCUGCUGGGGGCCAUCACUGCCCGAGGUUACCCCCUCCGCACUGCUAUCAUCACCCUGCAGAAGACGGGCCGGCAGACCCCAGAUCAGAUCUUGAGUUACCUGGUGGCAUGUGACCAUCUGUGUCAGCUGGGUUAUGAUAUGGCCCAGGUAGAAGAGGCUCUGGAAAUGUUUCAAAACUGUGAAACAAAGGCGGAGGAGUUCCUUCACCUGCUGAGUCAGUUCAAUGAGAUGGGCUUCCAGCAGAGCGCCAUCAAAGAAGUGCUGCUGGUCCAUGAAAACCACCGAGAACGGGCGCUGGAGGAGCUGAUGAUGCGUGUGGCAUGACGGCAGAUCAGCAAACACACACGCAGACACACUUUACAUAACUCAACUGCAACCUAAAAUCUGUUAUUUACUGCAGGAAAAUAUGAAACUCAUGUGGAUAAAGGCACAGGGAGAACGACUAAACACACUUUAUUCUAGAUGAAGAUGGACAGUGGUAUAUUGUUGAUAUAUUGCAAUUAUGACAAUGAUGAUGAUGACGAUGAUCAUCAUUCAUUCAUGUGUUUAUUAACAUUGUCUAAAAGACUUGGCUGAAAGUGUUUAUUACAUUCAUACUUUGGGUUUGAAAACUACACUGACUGAACUUGUAUUAUCUGUGUAACAGUUUGAAGUCAUCUGAGCAGUUGUAAUUGUGACAGAUUUAUUAAAGAUGUGUUAUGAAAUUACA